AUGCAUCUCAAGGCCUUUGUGGCGGUGGCAGCUGCCCAGCUGGCCACGGCGCAGGAGCUUAUGCGCUUCGGCUGCUCGCAGUUGACCAUCGACCGCAUCGACCCUCUGGUCAACCCCGGCAGUCUACCGUCGGCGCACAUGCAUCAAGUCAUCGGAGGCAACUCGUUCAACGCGUCCAUGACGCCCGGCUCGCUCGACCCCUCGACGGCCGCCACCUGCACGUCGUGCACCUACUCCGAAGACUUCUCCAACUACUGGACCGCCAACAUCUACUUCAAGGCCCGCAACGGCUCGUUCAAGCGCGUGCCCCAGGUGGCCAACCUGGGGCUCGGCGUGCAAGCCGGCAUGACGGUGUACUACAUCCGUGGGUACCAGGCCAGUGCCAAGGUCAACGCCUUCAAGCCGGGCUUCCGCAUGCUGGUCGGCGACCCGAGCAACCGGGUGGCGGCCAAGGUCCCCUCGGGGCUGUGCUUCCGGUGCGAGUCCAAUAUGCAGCAGAGCCCGUUCGGCGGAGCGCCGUGCACGGGGGCCGACACCAAGAACUUCCCCAAGUCGACGUGCGGUGGCGGGUGGCGCGUGACAGUCACAUUCCCGUCGUGCUGGGACGGCAAGAACCUCGACACGCCCGACCACAAGAGCCACAUCUCGUACCCGAGCAGUGGCACCUUCGAGAGCGGCGGCGCGUGCCCGUCGACGCACCCUGUCAAGAUCCCCCAGAUCAUGUACGAGAUCAUGUUCGACACGCGCGAGUUCAACAACAAGGCCGACUGGCCCGCGGAUGGCUCCCAGCCCUUCUACUGGAGCCAGGGCGACAACACCGGCUACGGAAUCCACGGCGACUAUCUCUUCGGCUGGAAGGGUGAUGCCCUGCAGAAGGCCAUGGACACCAAGUGCGCCGGCGACAACUGCAAGGCCCUGCAGAGACAGGCUGACGCCAAGGCCAUCGCCUGCACCAAGAGCCAGUCGGCCCGCGAGGACAUUGGCACCUCCAAGUGGCUCACGUCUCUCCCCGGCCAGGCCGGCAUGGCCCCCAUGUAA